GACGACGUUCCUCAGUCUUCGGGGUGGGCUCAGCGGCGCAGGCCGGGCUGCGCGGAGACCUGGGCAGUCAGCAGCGGCGGCUCUAGGGAGGCCGCGGCACCAUGGGGGGGCGGUAGGAGGGUGCCCGCAGGUGAGGCGAGCGGCGGCGGUCACCGGGCCGCGGUGCCGGCCGGCGGGGCCCGGGGGUGGGGAGGCCCGGGGCGGGGGUCGUCCCGGGCAGCGCGGGACCGCGGGAGGGGGCUCGCAGGCCCUCGGGGUGCAGGAGGCCGGGGUCGCCGCGAGGAGCCGCCGCCGGCCGCUGGGCCCCGUCUCCAGGCCGCUCGACGACGACGCUUCCGCGGGGGCCCCGCCUGAGGAGGACGCGGCGGCGGCGCCGGCGAGGCCGCGGGAGGCCGCGGAGGAUGGAGGAGCGGAAGGAGGAGGGCGAGGCCGAGAUCCAGGAGCACGGGCCGGAGCACUGGUUCUCCAAGUGGGAGCGGCAGUGUCUGGCCGAGGCCGAGCAGGACGAGCAGCUGCCCCCCGAGCUGCAGGAGGAGGCGGCGGCCGCCGCGCAGCCCGAGCACAAGCAGCAGAAGCUGUGGCACCUUUUCCAGAACUCGGCCACCGCCGUGGCCCAGCUCUACAAAGACCGAGUGUGUCAGCAGCCAGGACUUUCUCUCUGGGUCCCCUUCCAAAACGCAGCCACCGCGGUCACCAAUCUCUAUAAAGAAAGCGUGGAUACUCAUCAGCGAAGUUUUGAUAUUGGAAUUCAGAUUGGUUAUCAGCGACGCAAUAAGGAUGUAUUGGCUUGGGUUAAAAAGCGUAGAAGAACUAUACGUAGAGAGGAUUUGAUCAGCUUCCUGUGUGGAAAAGUUCCUCCGCCUCGAAACUCUAGAGCUCCCCCAAGACUGACUGUAGUGUCCCCUAACCGAGCUACUUCAACGGAAACUAGCUCAUCUGUAGAGACUGAUUUGCAACCCUUCCGGGAAGCCAUAGCUCUGCAUGGUCUUAGUGGUGCAAUGGCUAGUAUAAGCGUGCGUUCGAGUACCCCAGGCUCUCCUACACAUGUAAGCAGUGGAUCGAAUGCUAGUCGAAGGAGAAAUGGACUCCAUGAUGUCGAUUUGAACACUUUCAUAUCAGAAGAAAUGGCACUCCACUUGGACAAUGGUGGAACUAGAAAGCGUACCUCAGCCCAGUGUGGCGAUGUCAUUACAGACUCACCAACCCAUAAACGCAACAGAAUGAUCUAAACUGCAAACAUUUUCACACCCACCAUGCUGCUUGAAAGCCACUUGAUCCUCAACAUAUACUAUUAUUGCAAAGGAAACAUGAGGCCAUCUUCCCUCAUUCACUGUUUAAGAAAAGUGAAUUCUAUAGUGGUUGCCAUAAAAGGAAGUUCUAGGUAUUUGCAGUAGAUGCCUCUUGUAACUAUGGCUUUCUCAAAACUAUAAUCCUAGCAGAGGACAUCAGAUAAUUGUGUAGUCGUUAGCAAGAUCAUCAUAGGCAAACAUAUAUCCGUUCCAAGGCUAAAAGUGACCUUAACUGUAUUUAUUCUCAAAAGGGAAAGGAAAUAUCAGAUGUUUAUUUGAUGAUAGAAUGCCUUUUUUUUUUUUUUUUUUUUUUUGGGUCCUUCAUUUCCUGCUGUGUUGUCUUGAGUAUUUUGCUUCAGCAGUAUUGCCAGUUUCCUAAAAUUGUCUAAAACACGAUAUGGUUUCCUUGACGAAUCUGCAGGCUUCCAUUUUCACAGCAGCACUGUACCAUGCACCUGGUUUCUAUUUAGUAACAGUGUGCAACUUUGAAUUACGGGACUGUGCCCUGUUUUUAGUUUUCAAUGCAGUUUCUGAUUCUGGUGAUUGUGUGAUGUAAAGAGGUGCUAUGAAGGUCAUGCACUUAAUACUUAAUUUUGAAUCAAUACACAGAACUUUAUUGGAUUCACUUUGUGUGUAUUAGUGCUCUAAAAGUAGCAAUAUUAUUAAACUGCCCCAGAUUAACCCUGUAGGCUUAAAAAGAUUCAGUUUUAAGAUGAGUACUACUUUCCACGUGGGGCAGUGCCCUUCUGGUAAAUGUAAACAUGUAGACUGCAUUCACGGUGGCCUAACGUGGAGAGGUCAUGAAUUUUGCGAAUGGGCUUCCUUUUUCCUUAAUGCUAGUGAGAGGGAGAUGGAUGGGGGCUGUGGGUGGGAUGGGGUUUCAUAUUUCAUAGCCUUUUGUAUCCUGUUUCACUCUUCAUGAGUGCCCUAUUCUGUGCAGUUUCCAUUGGAAUGGGUGGAAGAUAAAGGCCUGUUAAAACUGCUAAUAAUGUGAUCACAGGUUAAAAUAGUAAAUCCAACUCUCCCAUACCUCCAGUUCCUCUCCCUAAAAAGUGCAGUCUGGGAUCUCAUUCUGGAAAAGAAUCGCAUGGAGGUUCUCUAGAUGUUAGGUCGACCUAAAUAAAAUUUCUCAGUAGAGUCCUCUUUUGAGUAAAUGUAAGACCUCUUGUAGCUACAAUGUUUUAGAGCAUGUUUCAUCUUCGUUUUUGAUAUCUUGAACUGAAUGGUAGUCUUCUUUAGAUGAAGAAUUGAUGUCAGCCUGCCAGAUACUGUAAUUUAUUCUAUCAUAUUAUUAUAUUAUAUAUCAAGUAGGACAGUGAAAAAUGUUUCCUUGCAAACUUGUAGUCCAGUAUCAGUUAAUUCCUGUUUUUAUCCUUAAAAGACCAUUGCAGAUCAGUGUAAGGGUUUUUCCAGUAAUUACUCACAGCACUUUGUUAAAGUUUGCAAUUUCUUCGACCGUCUAAUAAUAUCUUUCUGUGAAGAAACUUUGCUGAGUAAACCAUAAUAUUCAUUGACUGGGUGGGAUGUGAAUGGAAUAUUAGAAAUGUGUGAAUUGAAGUUCUGUAUUCAUUAUAGAUAUAGCCCUUAUUUAAAAAAGUGAAUUCCAUACUAAAACUAGGAACGUUAAGUGAGGUAUUUCUAAAUUUUUGUAAAAGUGAAAUCUUUUUUUUUUGUUUGCAUAUAAUAGCAGGAAGAAUUAUAGCAACCUGUCAUAUUUUACCUGAAAUGGACAAGCCUAUGUAUUAUGAAUACUUUCAGACUUCCCUUUUGAAUAUACCAAGAAAUGCAUUUGGAAUUCUCUUUGUUUUAUUAUUGUUGUAAAUUUAGAUUCUGGAACUGGGGUCUGGUGGUGUGAUGUGUUGCUCGCGAAUGGCCAGAGCUCCUAUUCCUAAAUGAUUUUGAGAUCGAAGAACACAUAUUUAAUCUCCCCCCGGGCCUUGGUUCUAGUUCCUCUUUCCAAGUUGAAUAACAUUUUUUUUGUUGUUUUUAAGUUGGUGCUCUGAAGCUUAAUCUCAGUACCCUUUACUCUCAGUUGUCAAAAGUUUUGAUAAAACAUGUGCCAUUUAAUUUGGUGAGAGAAAGCAGGUCUUAACGUCUGCCAGAACGCAAUUUAUAUGCCUUAUUGGCUCCAUUAAACUUUUUAAAAACUUUAGCAUUUGUUACUUUUUUCUAUUUCAUAUGAUCUCAAAUGCUAGUUAUCACCUCUUGGAACUUCUUCCCCUUUCUCUGUUCCAUUGCUGUAACUAACCCUGAGAUCCACAAGUAGAAAAGGAAAUAAUUUCUCUUAUGAAAACUGAGGUCUGGCAGCUAGACUUUGAAGCCUUUUUUUGUGCCAGUUUAGAUGCAAAACAAAUCAUGAAGAUUGCAAAUUUGUGUGGUACUUUUUUUUUCUUUUUAAUAGCUUUGACAUUUUUCAGUCUCUUGAACAAAGCCUGAAUUUGAGUUUGGGGGAACAGAACUUCUCUUCAUUUUAAGCUUGAUUCUUUGAUUCUUCUAAAAUUCAUAACUCAUUAGUUCUGUUCCGUCCCCCUAACUUGACAUGAGUGGGUUCAAUACAUCCUUAUUCUGCUGCGUUCUGAGCAUGACUAUAUAUAAAGUUAAAAAUUCACAACAUUUAGUAUUUUAUAGAGCAAAAUUAAUGGAAAGCAUUUGGCUGAAUCUAAACAUCUUCAGUCAAAUUCUUCAGUGUGGUUCACUCAACUGGAGCAGUAGUAUACACCUUCGAUCAUAAAACUAAUAAAUAAUUUUACAAAACCAAAA